UUCUGUUUGUGAAUAAUGAAGAAGAAGCAGAAGCAAAAACAGCAGCAGAGGCAAAGAGAGGCGCCAAGAGAAGCAUCGCCAGCAGCAACGGUGGUAGCGGCAGCGACAGCCAAGGUAGCAGAGGCCGAGAGAGGCGUCGUUAGCAGCAGCAGUAGUACUUCGCGACGCAGCAGCAGCAGCAACAACAACAAAUAGCAAAAACUGUGCAGCGUUCGGCAAAGCGCAAUACUAACAACAACAACAGCAGCAGCAACGAUAUCAUCAGCAGCUACAACAACAACUUUAAAGCGCUGCCAUACCGAAACGCCACUUAGCGUCGACGGCAGUAGCAGUCGCAGCAGCACCAGCAGCACAUGCAGCAGCAGCAGCAAUAACAACAACAACCAAAAAAGCAGCAAACUAAAUACAGAUGCAAAUAUGUCGAAAGCAUCGUCAGCAACAUCAGCAGCAGCAGCAGCAGCAGCAGCAGCAGUAGCAGCAGCCAGCAGCAGCAAUGCAGCCGAUUUUAGCGCAUUUGAUUUUAAUGAUAGCUCUGAUAAUUCCGAUACGCCUUUAGUGCCACGAGCGCCAUUUCUCAGCCGCGCUGCCGCUGCAGCUGCGGCAGCAGCAGCACUCAGCGCCAACAGUAAUAGCAGCAGUAGCAGCAGCAGCACCACCAGUAAUAACACGGGCAACAACAAUAUUACCAUUGGCAACAACAACAACAACAACAUCAACAACAACAACAACAUCAUCAACAACAACAACAACAACAACAACAACAACAAUGUCAAUGGCAAUGGCAACAGCAAUGACAAUGGCAAUGUCAAUGAUAAUGCAACUGACUUGCAGCACAACACUAACAUCAAAAGCAUCAGAAGAAGCAGCAGCAGCAGCUCGCAAAGCAGCGACGAAAGCAACAGCGACGCAACAGCAGCCACAACGGCGGCUGUUGCUGCCGCUGUCAAUGCAUUGCACAAUGGCAAACAGCAACAGCAGCAACAUCAUUACAAUAACAACAAUAACAAUAAUAAUAACAAUAAUAAUAACAAUAAUAAUAAUAUUAAUAGUACUAAUAAUAACAGCAACAGCAACAAACAACGCGAUCGAGCAAUGGAUGAUGAGGAGGAAGAUGACGAGCAGCUUCUGGACGAGGACGAGGAUGAUUACGAUGAUGAUGACGACGACGAUGAUGAUGAUGAUGCUAUAGAUCAGCAACUGUCCAGCAAUAACAUGAGCAACAGCAUUAAUAGCAACAAGAACAAUAACAUUAACAAUAUGCAUAGCGUAGCCGCCGCCCCAGCACCACUCACGUUGCCUGCCGAUUUGCGUCAUGGACUCCACUCUCGUGAUCACAGCCAAGCGGAGCAGCCGGACUAUGAUGACGAGGAUGAGGACGAGGAUGAAGACGACGAUGAAGAUGAGGAUGUGGAUAGCCGCACAGCGUUGACAUCGGCGCAUACCGAGAGCAGCGGUUUGCAUAUGAGUGCAGUGGCCGCUGCAGCAGCAGCGGCAGCAGCAGCCGCCGCUGCCGCAGCAACUGCAGUUAAGCUGAAUGCAGCAAAUGUGACAGCGGCGCAGCUGGAGAAUGCCACGGUGCUGGAUAUGGUUAAUAAUGCAGCUAAUCUCGGCAUGGGCAGCGGUGGCGGAAGCAACAGUAUACCAGCGCCGAGCAGCAGCCUCAUAGGCGGCAACAGCAAUACCAGCUUCUCCACCAACAACAACAGCAGCCACGCGCUCAGCUCAACACUAAGCAAUGCCAUCAACGAGCAGCAGCAACAGCAGUUAUUGCGGCGCAGCAGCAAUUCGCAUCAUCAUCACCAGCAGCAACAUCAACAGCAGCAGCACCACAAUCACCACCACUUGCAGCAGCAACACCAGCAACAGUUGCAGCAGCAGCCAUCAAGCAGCGGCAGCGGUAGCGGCAGCGGCAGCGCUGCCAGCGAAAGACGCAAGUAUCGUCAUCAGAAUUACAGCAAAAACAUUUACAUUGGCACGAAAAACGCCGAGAAGUGGGAGCACAUGCGCACACGACUGCACUUCAAGAAUGACGUCGAGUUCGUGGCCUAUCUCCUCAACCUGGCCGACAACGAUACCGAUCGCCUGAAUAAUUUGCCACCAACAUCGCCGGCGCACACUCCCACCAAGGGAUUCGAUGGCAACUUCAAACUGGAACCGAAUCUGAGCGUUAAGGACUUUGUAACACCACCAGAAAAUGGCAAUGGUAAUGGCAGUCUGGAGUCGGUUACUAGCGUUGCUACUGCCAUGGCCACGCCAACGCCGCCACAGCGCAAGCGCUACAAGAAACGCGUCCAAUUCACGACCGACGCUCUCAAUGGCUAUGCGGGGGCAAAGAAUAAAGCCGGUGCAGCUGCUGGUUACAACAACAGCAAUAGUAAUAAUAACAACAAUAACAACUUUGCUAGCCCAGCCAAAACGAAGAAGCAAGAAGCGAAAGCAACAGCAGCUGCUCUGAAAGCAGGUGCCGCAGUAGCAGCAGCAGCUGCUGCGGCGGCAGCCGCCUCAUCUGCGUUGCCCGAGGUACUGGACUGUCGCAUAGCAGAGAAGAUCAAAAGUGAGCUGGAAGCGUGCAGCAAAGAGUCGCUGCCAAAUGCACUUUGUCUCAAAAAGGCGGCAGCCGCUGCUGCAGCGGCGACACAACACAGUGAUGAAGACGAAGACGAGGACGAAGAGUUUCAGCAACAGCAACAGCAGCUAGCAGCAGUCACAGCAGCAGCAGCUGCAGCAGCCACUGCUCAUCCAACCCCAACGACAGGAACGCUGCUGACCAAUGCGGAGGCUGUAGAUGCAAGCAGUGCCAGCAACGGUCAGCUGGGCAGCUUUCAUGUGCGCUCCAAGAACCAAAACAGCAGCAAGAAGUCGCAAGCUGCAAAAGCAGUUGCUGCUGCUGCGGCGGCGGCAGCGGCAGCGGCUAUGAUGCCACCGAAUAGCUAUGACGAGCCGGAAGAUGAUUCGGCUGCUGGGCCGGUCGAUGACGAAGACGAAGACGAUGAGGAGCUGGAUGAAGAGGCGCUGGCACGUGAAAUGAAAAUGGAGCAAAAUUUUGUGGAGGAGGAGGAUGAGCAUGAUAUUGCUUUCAGAUCCCAACAAUCAUGUCGCGAAUGCUCCAUUUCGCAUGAUCACAAGCUCUGCCCACUGCGCAAUGCCUGCGGCAAUGUAACGGAUGCUGUAGAUCUGGCCGAAUGGAUUGAGCGUCGCAAUCUGGAAGCCCUAGCCAAACUGAAGGCAGAUGCCCAGAGAGAGGCAAAAGUUGGCAGGCCGCGACAUGUUGACGACGAGGAUGAUAUGGAGGACAUGGACAUGGACGAAUCAUCGCAAUUGUCCGAACUGGAGACCAAGCCGUUAAUUACCUUUGCUGAGGCAUCGGUUCCCGCCGAAUUCGAGCUACACAACGUCGAGCCAAAUGUCACUGGCGUCUUUGCCCGCACCGAGGUUCGAGCCUACACCAAGCUGGGGCCGCUUAUCGGACAGCCGGUUCAGACUGGAGAGGUACGCGAGGGUAGCGACAUGAAAUGGAUAUUCGAGAUGUGUGAGGCCGGCGCCGAGAAAUCCUAUCUGCUCUGCUGCGAUAAUCCCAAUGCCUCCAACUGGCUGCGUUUCAUCCGACCAGCGCCCAGCUACGAGGAACGCAACGUAAACCUCGUCUCGAUUAAUCGUCAAGCAUACUUUGUGAGCUGUCGUGAUCUACGCAAUGGCAUGGAACUCCUCUAUUGGAGUGACGACUGCAACACCAUGUGGCGCAAAAAGCAUACCGAGAAGAUAAACUGCGGCGGCUGCAAUUUAAAGUUUGAGCAUCCGCUCUACUAUCGUACGCACUGUUCAGUUUUUCACGAUCCGUCGAUGAGCCUUACCAUACGGAAAUAUCACUGCAAGGUAUGCAGCGAGGUGGUUCUGGGCAAAGACAACAUUAUGAAGCAUGCGGCCGAGAAACACGACGGCAAGGGGGCAUACCAAUGUCAGUUCUGCAACAAGUUCUUUCUCCGGCUCAACUAUCUAGAGAUGCAUCGCACCUAUGGCUGUGCCUCGAAUCCGAAUCGUUCGAGGCCAGUUUGCGAUUUCUGUGGUCGCAAAUUCUGCCAGCCGCAGAAGCUGAAAGCGCAUAUUAAACGUGUCCACAGUGAUAUGGCUGAAGUUUUACGAGAUUUUCAGUGUAAAUUAUGUUCAAAACUUCUAGGAUCGCGUGCAGCAUUGCAGCGCCAUUCGAAGGAGGUGCACAGCCGCAACUCAACAGUGGUCAGUUGUCCGCGCUGCCAGAAACUCUUCCAGAAUCGCAGCAACUUAAAGAUACACAUGCUCACGCACUCGGGCGUGCGGCCUUUCAAGUGCGCAGAACCGGAGUGCAAUGCCGCCUUCACCACAAAGCAGUGCCUACAGUUCCAUUAUAAGAAGGUACACAACUACACGCAGGAGCAGAUGCCGAAGAUAGAGCGGAGUGUGGCCUAUACCUUUGAUGCCUAUUCGGGCGGUAUGAAGGUGGACUUUUUGGAGCAAGCACCGCGUCGGCGACGUAAAAGCCUCGAGGAUCAGAACCAAAACUCAAUGCUCAGUAGCUCUAUGCAGAGCGACACCGAAUACAGUGAUGACAACAUCUUCGAGGCCAUCAAAAAGAGCGGCAAAUCGAUUAAGGAUCUAUGUCGUAACGAGCCAAAUCUGUCGCUGCUCAGCUCUAAGAUCUCUAGCAUAUUUGCUGAGAAGGGGCCGCCUGUUCAGCAGGCGACCCUGAUGGGAGGCGCAAAUGUUGGCGCCGUGACUGGCAGCGGACGUAAGCGUAAGAGAAAGAAGGAUCCGGCCACAUCGCAUGUCGGCCAGCAGCUACAGCAGCAGCAGCAACAACAGCAGCAGCAACAUCAACAGCACCAGCUUCAGCACCAGCAACACGCACAGCAAUGCCAUCAACAGCAGCAGCAGCAGCAACAGCAGCAGCUUAGCAGCCAUUUGGAUCAGUCGCCUUCGCAUUUAGCGCACCAGCAGCAGCAUCAGCAGCAACAGCCGCACUAUCAUGGCCAUAGCCACGCCCACGCUCACUCUCAUGCUCACGCACACACCCACACACAACAGCAACAACAGCAGCAGGCGGUCACGCUUCACCAGCAGCAGCAGCAACUACACGAAAACGACGUAGAGGAGGAGAGCGCACGGCUUGAGCAAGUGCGUCGUAAACAAAACGCUCAGCUUAGCCUUGUCGAAUCGUUCCUGACCACCACCGCGCAACGUCUGAGUGCCCAGCAGCAGGUGCAACAAGUGGUAGCUGCAGCAGCUGCCGUUUCCGCAAUGGCCGGCGCAGGCGAAGAUCCCGCCAAACUUGGGCACAUGAUGGGCCACAUGGGUGGCGUAAGCGUCGGCGUUGGCCUUGAUGAGGAUGAUGACGAUGAUGAGGACGAUGAGGAUGCAACAGCACAUCACUUGCACCAUCAACAGCAGCACCAACAACAGCAACAGCAUCAGCAACAGCAUCAUUCCCACCACCAUGCCCACACACAUACGCACCAGCAAGCACAGCAAUCGACACAGCAAACACACAACGAUUCCGGCUAUCGGCAUGCGGCCGCUAUGAAUGCGGCUCUCGGCCAGAAUCUUGUCGUAAGCAAAGGCAGCAAGAAAUGGAUCGGCGCUGACGAUCGCCAUUUGAGCGAUACCGGUGAUGUGGCAACCAAUACAGUUGUUGGCAAUGGUACAAGUGGGGGCGGUGGUGGUGUCUGUGGACAAUUAUCAGGCGGCGCCGGCGCUAGCCAAGAUCUUGGGUUCGCAGUGCCGCCCAGUGCCGUGGACGAGCAUAGUAAAUUGCUGGGUCAGAAUCGUGACUUUUUGGCCCGACUCAUGAGUAGUGCCUCGGCCAGCCAUGCCAGUCACCAGCAUCAGCAUAGCGCGCACAUCCGCGAAGAGGACGAGAACAGCUCCUUUCUGGAUGUCGUUGAGUCGAAUAAUAAUGCGGCUGCAGCUGCAGCUGCUGCCGCCGCCAUGUCCCAAUACCAUCACAGUGCAACUACGAACGGUGGAGCAGCAGGUACUGCCAGCAGUGCCGGUAGCGGUGGGGGUGGUGGGGUUACAACUGCUGCUACUGGCGGUCAUACGCCCACCGGCGCGUCUACAGCACCCAGCAGUGUGGAGCCGCCGCAAAUGCAAAUGAACUCGCUUAGCCACUCACAGUCGUUCAUGAGCUCCUUUUACAACAAUGCCAACGCAAGACUCACCGGAGCCGGCGCUGGCGUCGGUGUUGGCGCCAACUCCUCUUCGGCCAGCAUGCUUGUAGAGGCAGCACUCAACUCCGUUGGCAAUAUGAUUGACAACGAGAGCAGUGAUCUAAAGGUACCCACCGAGAACCAUCUAAAUAGCGAUAGUCCGAUGAGCGCACAUGUCGAUGCGGAUGCUCAACGCUUCGGUAGUGGUGGUGGUGGAGGCGGCGUCAGUGGGUCGAAUGGUGCAGGCAUUGGCGCAACCAUGGACAACUUAGAGAACGAAUUAAAGAUGAUGAAGAACCUGGGCAGCUUUCCCAUGCAGAUACCACCAUUGCCAAUGUUCCAAGGCACGUGCAAUAUAUCGCCGAACGCCUCGACGCCCACCAACCCGCAGAGCAAUCAGAACCAGAACGAUGUAGAUGUGGAUGCCAGCAGCACGCCGCGUCCCCAACAUCCAGAUUCAGAUGGCUUCUCGUCGUCGCACCACCGGACGCCGCCCUCGCCGCCGCCCAUAUCACCGGGUCGCGACUAUGGCGGCAUGUUUGGUGCCGGCAAUGGUGCCGGUGGACCCGGCUCAAAUAGCACGCCGGCAGGCAGCUCUAGCGGUGGUGGUGGGGCUCCAACGGCGGGCAACAAUUUGUCCGCAUCGUCUCCUCUACCGGCAGCGCUGCAGCCGCAGCGACGUAACGCCUCCAGCGUGGGCAGCACAUAUCCCGAGCACGAGCUCAUUUCGCCCGCCUCCUCGCCAAGCAUACCACGCUACAACUUCAACGGCGACAUGAUGCGUCACAAGCGCGCCGUCCAAGAACAUGAGCAACAGGAGCGACGCCACAAUAUCUCGCGGCACAAUCAAAUGUCCAGCGACGAAGAGAACAGCAUUAUGCCACAGAACAGCACUGGACAGGAUAUGCGUAUGAAGUUCCCGCAAUCACAGAUCGAUCUCAUGUACUCCAAAUAUGAAAGCAUGGCCAGCAAUCUCAAGUACAAUAGCCAGGAGCUUGACUCCCCGGCUGAGUAUCGGCAGAGCAGCAAUAGCAAUGUGGCAAGUGCGGCAGCUGCCGCCGCAGCUGCUGCAAGCACUGCGAAUGACAUGUCCGAUCUGCAGGGCCUGGACAUGAGCUCGCGCUCGAAUGCGUCGAGCAAUUAUCAUCAUAACUUCCAGCUGCCUAGCAGCCGUUACCAUCACCACAUCUACGAUAUACUCUCUGAUCGGGAGCAGAAUCAGCAGGCGCAGGUGCAGCAACAGACGCCGGCAUCGGUAGUGCAUCAACAAGAGCAUGGCAGCCAUGGUGGUCACAGCAGUCAGCUGGCCAUGCAGCAGCAUCAGUCGGCGGCUAUGCACAACAUGCUCAGUGAACAGUUGGGUGAGCAGGAGCACGACCAAACCACAUCGGUGGAUCUAAGUCGCACUGCCAACUAUGUGGUGUCGUCGCCGCCGCAGCUGCCCUACAAUCAUCCCCAUCAUGAUAUGCUGCGCAUGGCCUCCCUGGAUCUAACACCCAAUACGAGCAAUAUGACGGUGGGAAAUAAUCGCUCGUUUCUGUCUUCGCAGAUGCAGCAUCAGAGUCGCGAGAGCCUCGAACAUCAUCGCUUGCUCUCGACGGUCGAACAGCAUCGCAUAUUGGCUGCCUCGAAUGCUGCUGCGGAUCAGCAUAGGCUGCUCGUCGAUCCCACGGCUCAUCUACUAAUGGAGCAAAACAAUCGAUUGCUGGGCACCACAGACCAGUCACGUCUUCUGGGCGAAUCAGCGGCGGCAGCUGCACAGAAUCGGCAUAUGGCCAGGAGCUUUGGUGCGUAUCAUCAGGUGGCAUCCAGCAAUUAUCAUCCGGGCGUACGGCCUCCACCGGUAUUACCAACGGCCAAUCAUCAUGCUUCCAAUCCUUCUAAUUAUCAUCCUUUUCCCGCUUACUACUAAUUAGUGCCAUCUAUUGGCCGCCACAGACGAACCCAAAAAGCAGGCACAGAUACACAAUACUAUGCUAGAUACACAAUACUUUGAAUA